AAUCUGCUGCUCGUCUGUGCGUUUCUGCUGCCUCUGCAAACACUCGCGCUGCCGCUGCGCAACAGAUCGAGUUUUCCCAGCAAACCUGAGAAACUUCCAGAAACACAGGGUGGUAAUGCCAUGGAAACCAUCACCAUUCCUUCAAUAGCUUCGAGUGCCAGGGCAGGAGAGCGCCGUGCGGUCUGGAGGGCCCUCCUGCAUAAAGGACCUCCGGUGAAACAGACCAACACAUCAGCCAAUCAAAACAGGGAACAUUUCCGGGAACGUCGGCAUGUCCUCAGAGGGUCACGAAGUCACCUGCAGGGUCAGCUGAUGCGUGUGGGAUGCGUCCUCGGCACAUGCCAGGUACAAAACCUCAGCCACCGUCUCUAUCAGCUGAAUGGCCAAAGCGGACGGCAAGACGUGCCAAUCAAUCCCAGAAGUCCACAUAGUUAUGGAUAAGACUAUGAAUGACCACACAGUAAAAACCUAUCCAAAAAUGUGACUUCAGAAGACCACCGACACACCAGCAGGCAACCAAUCAACAACUGGCGUAAUCAAUUUACAGGCGUCCUGUUAUGAGAAAUCGAAUUCUCUUGAUCUUUUGAAAUAAAGGAGUCAUUCAAGUCUUACUGCAACUUUAAGAACUCUAAACUUCUUUCAACAAACAUUUAUUGAAACAAAAACAACUCGCUAUGAAUGUCUGCAACUUUUGAUGUCAUCUAACAUUAACAUACAGUAUGAUCGCCAACGUUAACCUGCAAGCUUCGAUUUAAAUGUUCAGAAACUUGGCCUGGCCUUUCAUACAGAGUAGUAAGGAGGAUGUGAGAUAUUACUCCUAAACACCAGAGGAAAUCACGAGAAGUGUAAAAAAUGAGGGAAAGUUUGAGAAACCUGAUUGUGUGUAGCACCCACAGCUCUGCAGAUCUAUCUGACCUGAACAGUCUGAGUUUUCAUUUCAGCAUGGAUUGUUUAAUGAAUCUCUUUAAUGUCUUAAAGCAACUUUGGAGCCAACAGAAAACACUACAAAAAACAAACAACAACAACAACAACUUAGUGGAUCUCAGGGAAUAAAAUAAAACUGUAAACAUUAUAUGUCCCCCUUUAACAAUCAAUUGUCCUUUUUCGUUCCAUUCUGUAAUGAAGUGACUUGAACCUUCAUUAUCUUUACAGUAAUCCCACACUGUCUCUCGCUCUCUAAGCCAGGACAAAUUGCCCUUGACUGAGCCAUGUAAAGCCGAACAGAGCUUCAAUGUGAACAUCUUAAGAGUAAACAUCCUGUAUUUGGACACUUAAGCUGUACUUAUUUAUGAAUCUAACUACAUUAGAUAAAAUAUUAAACCAAGUGGCGUUUAUUUAAAAGAAUGAUAGCACAAAAUGUUUGUUAGGUUUCAAAUGAUAAAAAACAACAACUCUGAAUUGAAAACAAAAUGUUUUUGAAUUAUCUAAUUCAAUGAUUAUUGGUCAUGUCACAAUGAUGUUAAUCCUGAUACAGUACGUUGCAUCUAAAAGCCCCAUAUUUGUGGAAAUAUGUGGAAAUCAGAGGGAUAUUUUUUCAGUGAAUAACAAAGUUUUAUCAAAGUUGUUUAAAAUUGCAAAAAUGCUCCAAAAAUUCAGUAUUUUCUUGCAGAUACCAUUCGGUUUGAUAUUUUGUCAUCUUAACAGUAGCUGUUUUUAAAUAGGUUUCCAGAGCUCUCCUCCCAUCAGCCAUUGGCUGGACAAACAGAUAGUCCUGCCCCAAACUCACUGAGUUGGCUGAGCCAACAUCAACUUUUUGGGCCGCUCAGACCAACAGAGUAAUGUUACAAGCGUCAGACUCGCACUGUUUACACUCUUCGGGGAAAUGAAAGUCUUACUUAUAGCCGUCUCUGCACUUUACACUAGGAUUGGAGAAAGUAUUUUCACUUCGAAAAAUUACACACAGCCACUUUAAGUGUCCACAUACCUUUUGGGACCACUGUAUAUUCUCAUUUUAACUUUUAAAAUGUCAAAUCUUCAUCCAUAAAGCUCUUAAACUUUCAACACUGUCUGAUCGUGUAUGUUGCACAUGCCAGUCUCACAACAUAAAAAUCACAAAUACAAAUAAAACAUGGGCAACAAAUAUAAACAAUUCUCUGGCCAAACAAAAACACACACACAUAUUCACACACUCAUACGCACACCUUCAGUUUGUCAUAGUGUGUCAGUGGUGGAAUGUCUGCUAUCCUUAUGUUCACAUAUAGGUCAAAUGUUUCUAUUAAACAAAGCACUUUAAAAGCAACAUGAUCAAUCACCUUUAAUGCCAUUGACUUGAAUGGAAGAGAUGUUAUUUAAUUCUAAGUUAACAAAAGCUUGUGUAAAUAUUUUGCAAGUGUAUAAUGACGGAGUGUUUGUAGUUAUGUGCCAGUGCUGUGCAUUUUAAUAUGAUUAAGCUGUUUCAAUA